AUGGACAGGCGACAAAACAUUCCUUCUCUGCGAGUUUUCAUCACGGCUUUUCACAAAUAUACCAAGCAAAAAAUCCUAUUGAUUAGCCCUUCUGAGGAGCUGAGGAAGAGUGCAAUACAGCUGCAAAGUAUGCAGGUUCCCAAGAAGGAUAUUGCAGUACUAUCGCCGCAAAUGGGAUGUGACCCGACCCAAUUCUGGACGAUUAGCCCGGGUAGCGAUAAAGACCCGAAUUUAGUCGCUCGCCACCAGAUCGAUAGCCUCAGAAUUCAGUGCCAAACAAUCAAGCGGGACUUUUCGCGUGCAAUUGAAGUUAUCAGAGACCCACAUCGCGCCACCCCCGAAAUUAUGGACUAUCUGAAACAUUCCGUGGGAAAUUCUCGGUUUUUCCAUGCAUUUUCGGAAAUCAGUAUCGAGAGUAAGCUUGACUUGGAGCUUCAUUACCAGAACAAGAACGAACCACAAAUGACUGCUUUGGAGGAUUAG